UUAACCUCUUCCUGUCCGGCCCAUGUACAUAAAUGGCCAGACGGGAACAGUCCCGAAGCGGGUCGCCGUUUAUAAACGGCCCCCGCAUUCCCUGCCUGUGCACGCUCCCUUGAAGUGCGAGGCACCGCGAUCUGGUGCCCGCUGUCUCCUCUGGACACAGCAGAACACUGAUCGCUGUACAGGACCUCUGUGUGAGGUCCCGAUCAUGUGAUCAGUGAUUGGCCAAUCAGUGAUCACAUGCAAAGUUGUAAGCAAGAUGUCACUUGUGACAUCAUUGCUUACUACAUGUAAAAUCUGUGAAUAAUCACAGAGGUCACAUGGUACAAGGCUAUUCACAACAGCCUUGUACCAUGCGACAAGCUGUGACCAAUCACAGCUCACUCAGUA